AGUUUAUGUUGAAAAGCUGACUCCGACUUCAUGUUGAGCUGACUCGAUGCUCCGAUUUGGUUGUUUCGUACAAUAUACAACUUUCAGUUUCGUUUUAUUUUAACAGAUAAUUGUUGAAUGAUCUACUUAGUGAAGGCGAUAAUUUACUAUUUCAUUAAGUGCACUUUAUCUUUUACCGACAUUUAUGUCAAAAUUUCGCACAAAAUUUCCUCUGAACGGCUGUUGAAUUCGACUAUAUUUUCAUGUAUCAAUUUAUACAUCUUUUGUUCUACCUAAUAAACUGUUAACAUUGACCAUUAUUUAAUAGUGCACAACUUAGAAAAGAUGAAAUGAUAUAAAGGGAAAAGUCAGUGAACCAAUGGGAAAAGCUCUGGUGAAAAAUGUAAAAACGGCUUCAGUAAUAGAGGCAGAAGAAAGAGAAAUGACCCAGUUAAAUUAGUUCUGUUCUGUACACCGGCUUCCAAAAAGUGGUCCGCCCAUGGGACUCAGUCUGGGUUCCACGAGUGCCGAAGACAGGGGUGGGGGGAGAGCACGAGAUGGGGAUCUCCCCUCUGUUUAGGGGGGUUUGUGGGGUGUCCCCCGAGACAAUUUUAAGAUUUGGGAUGCCAUGUUACCAAGAUGCCUCUGGAUACGUUCAUUUGUGGGACUUGCAUGAUCUCGUUCAAUGACAUUGAACAGUUUAUUCUACACAAGAAUGAGUUGUGUACGAAGCCAGAAGUUAGUGGGGAAGGCGCUGGGACCAUAGAGGCAGAGGCAUCCACAGCCGAUAAUGCAGUGACCAAUCUAGUUCAUAUACCAUCAUCAGAGGAUAUGAGCAUGGCGGUGACUGAUGAGCAUGGUAAUGUGGUCAGUACAGCAAUCAGCCUGCCUGGGUCUGAGUCUCUUCUUGCAAACACUGGCAAUAUUUUCCAGGCAGACAAUCAGCAGACAGUGAUCAUUUUGCAAGGAGAUUUACCGAACUUUAACCUGGAGAAUGCUGAACAAAUAUUUACUGAAGUAACACAAGAUAAUAAAGCAAAUGUGGAAAUGCUUGCAGGCUUGUAUAAAAAGCGAGGAAGACCCGGGAGACCGAAGAAAGUCAAACCAGACCCUAAUUGUCCAAAACCAUCACCUGUUGAAUUCAAAGAGAAAAAUAUACCAGAAAUCGGUGAAGAUGGAAAACUAUUAUGUACUCGCUGCAAGAAAUCAUUUACGAGGGAGAGGGUGUUUAAUGCUCAUAAAUGUUUAGCUAUGUCAGAAUACGUAGACUUCACAGCUAAAGAAGGAUUGACAGUAGACCCAGAUGAUAAUCACAUGCCUCAGGAUGACAUAGACGAUGCUGGUGCCCUCGAUUUAGACUCUAAAGACUUUGAAUACAAAGUUCCCAACCUGCCAUUUAAGAAGCAUGAUCCAAGUAAAUAUAAACGCAGAAAAUUGGAAAAUACCGAUGAAAGUUCUAAUAAUGCUGCAUCACUGCCUCUGGAUGGAAAUGAAGCUGAUUUACAAACUGUGGUAAAGUCAGAGGGAGGUGUGAAUUGUGAAGGUCAGCCUUCAGAAGGCCAAGGUCAAAUAAACGAAGACCCAGCUGCGGUGUCAUCCGAAUCAGAAACAGUUACGUUAGUAGGGAAUGCGGUUCCGGUAACCUCUGCUGACAGAAAUGAAACAUUUGUGACAGGUACAGAUGAAGGUCACUCAGUGAUUGCAAGGUCCGUUGGUCAGAUACCAGUAUGUCAAGUUGAGGGAGGUCCUGACAUAGAUGAGUAUCAGUCUAAAGACACAGAUCAGAUUGGAACCAUUCCUCUUAAUCUAACCGAAGAAGAGAAGUUGGCAUUUGAGGCAGCUCUGAAUGUCGACCUGAGUGGUGUAGACCACAUGUUCCGAGUACACUGUAUAGAACAGGAGCUCAAUUCCAACGUGUCACAGUUGUCGAGAUUUUCCUCUAACACGCUAUCCUUGUACUCAUGCAACACGUGCGACAAGGUGUUCAAGUCACUGUCACAUAUGAGAUUCCAUGUGCUCAUCCAUACAGAACUGAGGCCAUUCAAGUGCAUAAAAUGUGACUACACAUCAAAUGCAAGAGGUAACUUGUAUACCCAUAUAAGGAAACAUACAGGCCAGUUUUACAAAUGUGAACAUUCUGGCUGUAAGUUUAAGACGGUCAACAAGAGUCAUUUACUAGAACACUCAAUGACACAUAGUGGAGAGAAACACCAGUGUGAACUGUGUAAGAAGUUGUACAACACACAGAAAUCCCUCAUGAGCCAUAUAAGGAAAUACCACGAUAAUGCUAGAGGGAGAGAAUAUCUGUCACAAUUCAUGCAGGGUCGUGACGUCCGAGGGUCAACAGUAAUUCACCAGUGUCAUGUAUGCAACCGCAAGUUCAAGAAGAAGACUGACAGAGAUCGACACUUGUUUGUUCACGAUAUAAAAGACCUUCCUGUCAUUAAACAUUGUGAUCUGUGUGACUAUUCUGCUUCCAGGAAUAAAUAUCUCGAGAAACAUUUCCAGAAACAUAGAAGUAUAUACAGAUGCUGCAAAUGUAAAGCAAUGUUUUUGAGCUCUAUAAAGCUGGUAGAACAUCUGACUACAAACCAUGUAGAUACUACUGACACGGAGUCUUGGGAGAAGUUAUUCGAAGAAAGUAUUACCAAUAGUUUAUACCUGCCAGAACCAGACCAAGUAAUGACGGAGGAGGAGAAAAGUCUUGUCAACCUGCCCUCAGAACUGUCUGAAUCAAGUAUCUAUCAGAUGAAGCUACAGAACUCUGGGGAAGAUGACUUGGCUAACAAGUUGAUAGAUGGAGCUGAUGUCUUCAUUAAUAAAGUACCUGCUGUCACAGUAAAGGAAAAUAAUGCAGAUGAUAAAGCAGGUUUACCAGAUGGACAAGAAGACAAUCUUGACACAAAUGUGGAAGUUGAUAAUGUUGGAAUGGAGGUCAGUAAUGAUGAAAUCACAGAGAAUGAAGAACCAAAUGAUGGAAGUUACGUUGAUGAAGAAGCAGAUGGUGAUAUUAAAGCCAAUGCAGAUAUUGUAGAGGAUACCAAGAUUGAAAAUGAGGGUGCUGAACAUGUGAAAGGUGAACCAGAAGUACUCGAUGAGAAAACUGAUACCGAAAUCCUUAAUGAAGCUGCUGAAAAUGCUACAACUGCUGUUGUUGAAGAAACUAAUCUUACAGAUGAAGAUAUAUUGGGGGUAUCCGGUAAUUCUGUGAAUUGUGGGGCACUUAUUGAGAAACUUGGCUACUUGCCAAUGACGCUACAGAUCUUUCAGAAGAUGCGAGACACAUUUGGUUCGGAGGAGUGUGAGUAUUGUGGACGGCUGUUCUUCAGCAGGGUGGAUUACGAGCCCCAUGUGAGAACACAUACAGGGGAUAAGCCACAUGUGUGCCAGGUUUGUGGAUUCCGUGCAAUCACAAAGGACAAUCUGAAGAGGCACACAGACAAGGAGCACGAGCAUAUAUCAUACCCGUGCAGGGAAUGCUCCUACGUAGCAUCAACGAGAACACAGCUAUGGAAUCAUACCAUGAAACAUAAAGGGCUGAAGGGACUAGAGUGUCCAUUAUGUCAGAGACAGUUUGACUCAAUAAAGGAACUGAAGAGUCAUGCACAGGUUGCUCAUCCUAACUCCAACACUGAAGAGCUCGACAAAAUUUUGUCAUACAAACAUAAAGCUCAAGGCAAACUUGGAAGACGCUCCUACAAGUGCCCACACUGUGAUAAAGUUUUCCUGCGUGCCAGUUCAGAGCUGCAGAAACACAUGUGGAUACAUGAAGGAAUCAAACCAUUUAAAUGCCCACUAUGUGCAUAUGCUUGCAGAAGCAAAAAUAAUCUUCAGGCCCAUAUGCUGCGACAUUCUAAAGACAAACCAUUUUUAUGUGGGGAUUGUGGGAAGGCCUAUAAAUCUAAGACGGCACUAAGAUGGCAUGUGAGGUCACAUGACGGAAAAUUAUUUAAAUGCGAUAAAUGUCCUUAUGAAGCAACACAAAGGAGUCACCUUAAACGUCACAUGGAGACACACGAUGUCAUCAAGAAAUAUGUAUGUGGAGAGUGUAAAUUCUCAGCUAACACACUGGGUUUUCUUAAAGUUCAUUACGCUAGGUUUCAUAAAGAUAUAAAUAUUAAUGACCUCCCUACACUUGGGUCUGCGCCUAUAGAGAUUUCACAGGACGUAAACACAUUCAAGUGUAUCAGUUGUGACUAUCUGUUUGGUAACUUGACUGAUUUAAAACGUCAUCUGAAGACACGUCACCACGUCAACGUACAGGAAAUACAAAAAGUACACGAUAGUCAAGGAAAUGUGUCAGAAGUACAGGUUGUACAUGUUGAAGAUCCUACCCAGCAGGCUGUAGCUAUGGAGGUUACAGCUGAUGGCACACAGUCCCAGAUUGUAACUGAUGAAAAUCUUGAUGAGAAAACUGCCUCUGCUGUAAAUAUUCUACAACAGAUCAUUGGUAUGUCACAGAAUGGUAGCAUAGCUGGUACCCAGCAGAUUGACGGUACUUCAGUGUUACAGAUGAACCCAGAAACCAUUAUAGUACAGCAGGAUGGGAGCCAGAUGUAUGUUUCAGCAGAGAAUACUACAGAAAUAGAUGGGAACCAGUAUGUGAUACAAUAUAUACCUCAGGCAGAGGAGGGGACACAAGAAGAACAAAUGGGAAUGAUUGAAGUUCAAGGUGAAAUGGUGGAAGCUCAUGUGCUUGGUGAUGUCACUGAUGUGCAGGCAGAAAUAGUCACUUCAACUUGAAAAUAAAACUUGAGCCACUAGUCACAAGUUAUUCCAAGCUGAUAAUCACUGGAACUCCAGACGCUGGGUUACAACAGGCAGAGAUAUUACCAUAGAAGCAAGUUGUCAUUGCUUUCAAGCUACAUGCUAUAGAUCCUGGGUUAUAGGAGAAAAUAGUGACCUCAAGAGGAUAAAAUUUUACCAGGGGUAAAUAGUUGUAUUGUUGAUGACAUUGGAGCACCAUACCCUGAGUUCUGGUUAAAAUUUUACUUCACAAAAAUCGGGAGCUUCAGAUCCUAGCUAUAUGGGGAAAUGUUUUCCCUAAAUUUCCAGAAUUUGGAGCACGAGAUCCCUUUUUUCACAUCAAAGUCAAGGUCCCUAGUUACAGUUGGAGAUUGUAACCUCUAGUUGAUAAAAAUUGUUGCACCAGAUCUUGGGUUAAAGCAAGAAAAAAGUGACAUGUUGAUAAACAUUGGAGUACCAUACCAUGGUUACAGGUUCUGUGUUGAUGAAUGUUGCACCCGAGGUCAUGAACUACAGACAUAGCUUCUGAAAAACGAAACUUUCAGCAAUGUGUCCUUCACCUUUGAGGCAUUUCAGUUGAAGGAGAAUUUACCUGUAGGUCAUCAGAUAUUAACCAGAAAUAGUCACAUCAGAUUGAUACAGGUUUGAACCAUGUAUCCUUGGCCACAUGGAUAAAGUCUUGGUCAUCUGUCGUCAUUAGUCGUCUUAGUUUCUUGAUAAAUAUUGAACUAUGAAUUGAACAUGAACAUGUUUAAUUCUGUUGUUUGCCACUCUUUCAAUAUUUCAAAACAGAAAUAAUAGAAGCGUGGUUGGCCUCCUUUCAGUUUUUUGAUACUGAGUUUUGUUUGGUAAUGUACCAGUAAUAAUACUGUAAUUAAAACAAUUUAGAAGCAAAACGUCCAAUGAUUUAGACAGUGUUUAAAAUUUUUAGACAGAAGCCAACAAAAGUCAAAACUUCAUAGGAUGAUUCCAUGGGGUAACUUAAUUACUUCAACUGCUUUCAGGGUCAGUAGUCAAAGGUCAAGGUCACACUGACAGACAAAAAACAUUUUUUAAUCAAAAAGCUGGAGUGUGAUUGGGCUUGUGGCAAUUAAACUUCAUCCUUUUAUAGCCUGUAGUCAGAGGGUUCCUGUUGUUUUCAGGAUAUGAGGAUACAUGUCAAGGUUAUUGUGACCUUGAUGGUUUCAGAACUAUUUCCCAAAAAUGCCAUCAAACUUGUUGUCUAUGGUCAGUAGUCUGGAUGACCCCUACUGUUUUUUUGAUCAUUGUGAAGGUUCAGUGUACUUGAGACUUGAUAACUUCAGUCACUUAGGUCAGGCCGGCAUGAAGAGCAUAUAUGUUUUGUAAAACGGCUGUUGUUUUAUUAAUUUAUUAUGUCCAAAAAUUUUAUGCCCUCGAAGGGAGGCAUAUUAGUUUUCAACUGUCCGUCCGUUCGUUCGUUAGUUCGUUCGUCACAACGUUAACUUUUUGCAUGAAGGCACUUUACUCGCGAACCACUGCACUCAGGACCUUCAAACUUCACAGGCUUAUAGUACUUAUUGAGUACACGACCCCUACUGACCUUGGGGUCAAAGGUCAAGGUCACAGGGGCCAAUGUUAACCUUUUGCAUGAAGGCACUUUACUGACAGACCAUUGCACCCAGGACCUUCAAACUUAACAGGCUGAUAGUACUUAUUGAGUACACGACCCCUACUGACUUUGGGGUCACCAGGUCAAAGGUCAAGGUCACAGGGGUCAAUGUUAACUUUGUGCAUGAAGGCUUUUUUUUCGCGAACCACUGCACCCAGGACCUUCAAACUUCACAUGCUUAUAGUACUUAUUGAGUACACGAUGCCUACUGACUUUGGGGUCACCAGGUCAAAGGUCAAGGUCACAGGGGCCAAUGUUAACUUUUUGCAUGAAGGCACUUUACUGGCGAACCACUGCACCUAGGACCUUCAAACUUCACAUGCUGAUAGUACUUAUUGAGAACAAGAUCCCUGCUGACUUUGGGGUCACCAGGUCAAAGGUCAUGGUCACGGGCCAAUGUCAAUUUUUUGCAUGAAAGCACUUUACUCGCGAACCACUGCACCCAGGACCUUCAAACUUCACAUGCUGAUAGUACUUACUGAGUACACGAUCCCUACUGACUUUGGGGUCACCAGGUCAAAGGUCAAGGUCACAGGGGCCAAUGUUAACUUUUUGCAUGAAGGCACUUUACUCGCGAACCACUGCACCCAGGACCUUCAAACUUCACAUGCUGAUAGAACUUAUUGAGUACACGAUCCAUACUGACUUUGGGGUCACCAGGUCAAAGGUCAAGGUGUUGCGGGGGGCAUUUGUCACCAUUAGUGACAGCUUUUGUUUUUUAAGAUUUCAAGACAUUUCUGAGUAUUAUUUAUCUUGAUCAGUUUGAUUUAUUAUAUGCAAAUAUUUUUUGUUAAAGUAUUAAAAAAUAAAGCAUCAAAUGAAAAAUGGUA